AACGUGAGGCGGGGAGGGAGUGGGAUCGCUUGCAGUUCCUCUAGCACUUCACUCCAAAACCCACUAUCCAGAAGGAAAUGCAAAACACUCCCUCGCUACUGGGGUGCCGUUGUUGGGCCAAAGCGAGCAAAUCGGGAGGGAGCAGAAAGGGCAGGCAAAGGAGAGACAGGAAGCAUUUUCCUGCCUCGGUGACUUGGUGACUCGGGGAUCACAGCUUUCAACGUGACCGGUUUGCUACCCAGUCGAGAUGGAACGGUCGGAAACAGGGUGCCUGAAUAAAGUCCCGCUUUCUUUUGCAGCGUUAACAACUGUUCUGUGCCAUCCUACAGCACCAGUCCCAAAUCAGCUACGAGCUCUCUCUGUGUUUUGUUGUCUUUUCUCAGCUUGCUGGGUAAAAGCGUAUGGAGAAUCUCUGGAGCUUUCGAGUAGGGGCUCACCCUGUGAACGGUACUCACACAUAUAAUUCAAAUUUCACAGCUGACCUGCUCUGAAAACCUCAAUCAGCUUCUAAUUGAAGGGAAAACAAAAUAUUGCUUCCCUACAGCAGAGCUAACGAUUUAAUCAUUAUAUCAGACAUUAUAGCUUUUAAUUAGGCUAAUGCUGAUACUGUAUGGAAAGAGAUAAUUCAACACAGUUCUUGAUGAAUUCUGUAAUUGGGUUAACGGAGGAGCAGUUGGGGGAAGAGACGUCAAUAUUCAAGCUGCGUCUAUAGCCAACAGGUUUAUGAAUGAAAGGGAAGGGAGAAAAAGAAAAGGGGGGGGGGGGGAGGAAAGGGCUAAAAUUCCCUGACGAGAAAUGUCUCCCCCCUUCGCCCAGGAGAGCCGUGCCAACCAACUGGAAGCGUGAGGAGAGUAAGGGCUGUCCUGCCGCCGCCUCGGCGCGCCCCACUCCCGGCCGCCGCUCCCAGCCAGCCCGGACUGCUGCGACACCGGCGGGACCCGAGAGGCGGCCCCGCUGCGGGACCCGCUGCGGCUCCCCGGAGCGGCUUGGGCGGGGGUCAGCGGCUCACAGGCCGCUUUCCCUCUGUCUCCACCCCAACCAACGUGUCGCCCACCGCCACGCUGGGAGCACGCGGUUUUUACUGGCUUUGAAAAUAAGCUUUAUGUCUCCGUUGCACCUAAAAGAAGUAGUAUCGAUCUCCCGCACGUCUGAUCUCCGCAGCAGCCGACGGCUGCCCCAAGGCGACAGCGGGUCCCGGCGGGCGGGUGAGCCGGGGGUGUCCGGCAUUGCCAAGGGAAAGGCGCGGCACGCCUCGGUGGGACGGCGGGGCGAUCAGACCGCGCCUAAGCAGAGAUUUUCUUCCCCCCUCCUUUUCCCGGCAGGACAUUCAGCGUGUCUCCUCGCCUUGGAACGGCCCCGAUCCUUCCCUCGGUGGGACUUUCGCGUCGGUAGAAAAACCAGAAUCGUUACGAAGUUUUGUCAGCAGGAACAUUUUCUAAAAUGUUUGUUUAUGCUACGCAUCAGCUCGGCUUCCAGCACAAUAUUGUUCUUAAAGAGGAAUAUCCUGUAUUGUGAUCCAUUCGUGUCUAAUUUUGUUAGUAAUUACAGUAAAAUUGAAUAAGUAAUUGAUAACAUUCCAAUGACACCACUCCCUAUGAUUAACAGGCUGAAUACACCUUCUAACA